AUGCUGUGCAACCAAGCAGAAAUGCUGCAACACGCCACAACAGGAACCGACGAAGUUUGAGGUGAAAGCUGUUAUAGAGAAAUGCUCGAAACAAGCCGUCAGGUCAAACAAACAUGCCCACAUCAAAUCCAAGAACAUCAACACGCUGGACCACAACAGAAGUGAUCGCAGAGUCAGGACUCCACAGAGGUUUGACGAACACUAAAAAUCAAUACAUCAUCAUAGACCACGUCUAUGAUGAACAAACGGAGCAAAAACAGCGUCUCCUUAGGCCGUACGUAUUGAGGAUUAAUCAGCAGAUGGUGCUGCAAAAAUACGACCUCAACUUCGAGCACCUGGUCAAUUCUGAGGCUCAAGAAAAAAUUUACAAUAAAGAAACUCCCGAUUACAAAGGCUGUUGCACCAAUCCCAAAGGUCAUCCAACCUGCAAAGUCAUGAAGUACAAGGACGAAGUGAUUCCCUUUAGUACAGGUUUUUGCUGUUCUUGUGACAAAGCGAAAAACAAGAUGAUGGAGGAUGCAGACACUCAAGGAAGUGACUUGAAGGCAGGUUCCUGCAGUAUUCCCCUGAAUAACCAGUAUCGAAUGUGGAAACCAAACCAAGAAGUCAAUGCUUCCUCCAACAAUGAGCCGUCGCCCCUACGAUUGCAACAGAGAAAUUAUUUGGACACCUUCUACAAGGGAAGGAGCGGAUUGGAGACAUCCGUCAAAGUGCACGUGCAUCAUCACGAAGAUGAUGCUGACUUGGAGGGCAAUAAAACUUGUGAGCGUCCAGUAUAUCAGACUAGAGGUGGUCAAGACUGCAACGAUUUGGCGACCCCUCCAGAUGUCAACAAAGUAACAUACCACGAGAGCACACACUGUCUGGAAUUUUCAGACUUGUGGUACUCCGUGUACAGAAUUGGGAAGCCUCGCAUCGACCACUCGUUAACUCUAGAAGUCUUCCAGAAACACGAGGAGGCGUGCGGGAACACCCAUUGGAAGGACAUAACUCAAGCAACACCCAUCAAUGUGGGCAGUGAAAAUUUGAACAAACAACUAAACAUGGACGCCACACUUUCAGUCACAUAUGAGUCCAUUUCGUGCGACAGCCUCAUGUUCUCCCUAAAUCCAGAAACAGAAAAACUUCUAAUACCGGACCCCAACGCAGACCCCGAAUCAAUAGAGCUCAAAGGCGGGCCGAAUUUCUAUUUGGUGGUCGAGAAAAACAAGAUUUCCAGGGGUGGAAAAACAUGCGACGUGUCCGGUGUAGGAUACGAAGCCUUCGUCAAACAGCCAAACAGAUGUGAGAAGCCUCCGGGGACGUGUUUAGGUAAUCAACCGAAAGAGCUGUUCGAAAAUGAUCUGGUGGCUGAAGGUAAUGGUAAAAAAGGGUGCUACUUUCUUAAGAACUACGGAGUUCUCACGGCUGAGCCCAUUCAAGAAAACCCCGAGAACCCGAACAACAAAACAUUGAGCAUGCACUUCCUGGAUUUGCACACGAGCGUCCUAAAUAUUGAAUUAACGGCUGACGACAACGUGAUGAUUAAACCUGAGGCUUUGGUGAUGAUAACUGAAGUGUACGUUGAAGCAACCAGUCCCAGUAAAGCAGUAGUUACGGCUAAAUUAACCAACUCUGGACUACUAUCGGGGAUUUUCUAUGUUGGUCUUACUCAGUGCAGUUCAGAACUUCCAGCUCACAUAAAUACCUUGGUUACCAAACCAGCCCUGAUAGCUCCACAACAUCAGCACAUCUACAAUAUGGAUAUUUGCUACGACUUUCCCAAGAGAAGUGUUUAUCACUGUACUUUGCAGGCAAUCAACGCCAAAGAUGAAGUAUUGGCCAUUCGCAGAAUCCGAAUACAAACUGGUGAUAGAUGUUUGUGCACGUGGUAUUGCCAAUGUGCAUGCUAUAAAACGGAUGGUGGACUCAAGUGUAGCCUGCUAUCAUUAGACGCGUAUUUAGCCGCAGGUUUUCAAGGAGGCUUCCCCACGUCACUGCACGUUGUACGCUACACAUUCUUGGAUGACAUGAUAUCAACGAUGUUGUACAUUAUCCUAUUUCUUUGCCUCCUGCUCCUGAUCAUGGGACUGGUGAAGGGGCUUUUAGGAAUAUUUGUAAACAUAAACAUUGGCUUAUGGGGGAUGGACAUUAUAUUGGAUUUGCCAAAACCCAUUUCAAGAUAUUACGAAAGUAGUCUGCGCCAAAGAAAAGUCGUCUAUAAUAUUUAUGGCUGGCCAAUUCAUCCUGACACCAAAGAAAGGGUCAGAAACACCUCUGUUUCGACGGAGUUUUGCUUGAACGUGGUGUUUUUUAUCAUAUUCCCGUUUUCUGUAUGUUGCAUUGUGAUUAAGAAAAUAUUUUCUUCACCAUACGGUACCAAACACGAUUAUGUCACGCAAACUAAUUCUGGUGAUUUCAACAAAAAAAACUGACUUUAUUAUAUGCAUGUUAUACAUAUAUUUUUCUGUAAAUAUAAAACAAAGUUUAAUAAUA